UACUAUGCCCCCUACCCUCCCCCUCGUUGUAACAACCUUAAGUGUUUUUCCUUCUCAGUUCGUUUUGUUCCACCGCUGCAAACCACGACACGUUCCCGGACCGGAAAGCUUGUUUGGAUAUGGGAAGGACUAUUCAACUUGCCCCCUAUGAAUUUAUAAAAAGUUGCUUUGCUGUUUCGAUGCGCCUAUUUGGAAGCCAUUUAUGCAGAUAAGAGAGAAUGGGUUGCUGUUCAGGACGAUGUAUGCUGAUCUUCCUCUGCACUCUCCAAGUGAUGACAGCAUUGGAGAGGCAGGCUUUUGACUUCCUUGGGUACCAGUGGGCUCCCAUCAUGGUCAACUUCCUGCAAAUAAUCAUGGUUAUCCUCGGCCUCUUUGGAACCAUCCAGUACAGGCCACGCUAUGUUGUUCUAUACCUGCUGUGGACAUUACUGUGGGUGGCCUGGAAUGUCUUUGUGUGCUGUUUCUACUUGGACCUGGGAGGCCUUUCCAAGGAGAGCGACCUGCUAUCCCUGGGUGUAUCCUCACACCUUUCAUGGUGGAAAGACAACGGGCCAUGCUGUGACGACAGGGACCUUCCUGCCACUAGGUGGCAGAGGAUGGAGAGCCCAGAACUCAUCUACACUCUGGGAUGCUGGCUGGAAUACCAAUACAUAGAGGUCCUACAUUGUAUCAUACAACUCCUAAUCUCUCUCUUGGGAUUCGUCUAUGCCUGCUAUAUGGUCAGCACCUUCACUGAGGAGGAGGACAGCUUUAAUUUCAUUGGUGGUGUCCAUUACCCAUCUAAGACAUCGCCACUGUAUUUAUAGUGUACAAUUGGGCUACUAUAAGUAAAGGCUUGCAAGUGGGUUGAAAAUGACUGACAAGCAAGGAGGGCAGAAGAGGAACGAGUGAGUGAAAUACCUACUUUGGAAGAGUGAAAUCACAUCUCCAGUCACUGAAACAGAAGACAUUCCUACACUGCACAAAAACAUAAUUCCUCAGCCUCCCGGGCACUCUUAAUGCAUACUAGCCUACACCAACAGUUCAGUGCAGUUAUGGUCAAUACUAGCCUGGUCCCAGGUCAGUUUGUACUUUUGCCUACUCCAUUUUCAUCUUCAAGCUGUUUGGCAUGACAAUUCCAUAAGUAGUUGGCAAGAGAGGAGAAACAACAGAGUGGCACCCUGCGGGCUAUACAGUAGGUCAGUACAGGUACAAUCAUAAAACUGCUGAUACUUCUGACAUAACAUGUAUCAGUGUAAAGGGAAUGGUAUGUGUUGUAUUUUUGGUAUUUGGAAUUUUAUUAGGAUCCCCAUGAGCUGUUGCAAAAGCAGCAGCUACUCUUCCUGGGGUCCACACAAAACAUGAAACAUAAUGCAGAAUGACAUAAUACAGAACAUCAAUAGACAAGAAGAGCUCAAAGACAGAACUACAUUAAAAAAAUUACAAAUGCACACGUAACCUACAUAUCAAUGCAUACACACCAACUAUCUAGGUGUUGCUUUAUCUGUUUUUUGAAACCAGGUUUGCUGUUUAAUUUAGCAAUAUGAGUGGUAGCCUGAUGCUUUGUAAUCACCAGGGAUGGGUCAUCAUUUGGUUUAUCAGGCUGUUACCACAUCACUGGAUGAAAACAAAUAACUAUUAUAUGAUGGAUUUUACUGUGUCACAGUCAUAGAACUGCCGUUUGACAAAAGUGCUGACAAAUCAUCACCACGAUUCCAACCUGGCCUAUUGACUUGCGCUGUCUUUCAGCUCCACCCAAACACGUGCACAAUGGUGUGCGCUGGGUUUUCUGUGCCCGUGUUUUCCUGUUUGGUUAUAGACUUCAAGUUUUUGGACUUGUCUUUUUAGUACUUCCAUGGUCCACAAUAUAGGAACCAGUUAUUUUAGGUCCUGUGGGCCUAUGCAAUGUUUGUGUAUGACUCCAGGUGAGGGUUGCUUGAAAGUGAACAAUUUGGGUGGAUAGAAUGAACAAAUAUUUGUUUUUGAGAAAAUAUCAAUGAGCCCAAAAAUGUUCUUUGUCCUGUGCACAUCAAAUCAAAUCAAAUGUAUUUAUAUAGCCACAUAUAGGCUACUAAACAUUUAUGCAUUGUCCCUUCCACCAGCACCAAAAACUACUGGCGUGUUACACUAGUGCAGUGUCGAGCGUCCUUAGCGCCACACCUAGCAGAGCAUCAGAGUAGGGGAAUUACUAUGCCCUAAUCAGGCAAUGGAGUAGGCAAAAGCACGGCUGAAGGAAGUUCCAUGCAAUUAGGAGUCUGUAUAAUACUGUACACUUUCUUGAAUUUGUUCUGGAUUUGGGGACUGUGAAAAGACCCCUGGUGGCAUGUCUGGUGGGAUAAGUGUGUGUGUCAGAGCUAUGUGUAACAAUUUGGGAUUUUCAACACAUUGUUUCUUAUAAAAAGAAGAAGUUAUGCAGUCAGUCUCUCCUCAACUCGUAGCCAAGAGAGACUGGCAUACAUAGUAAACUCGGCUAAAAAAGAAACGUCCUCUCACUGUCAACUGCGUUUAUUUACUGCAAACUUAACAUGUGUAAAUAUUUGCAUGAACAUAACAAGAUUCAACAACUGAGACAUAAACUGAAAAAGUUCCACAGACAUGUGACUAACAUAAAUGGAAUAAUGUGUCCCUGAACAAAUGAGGGGUCAAAAUCAAAAGUAACAGACUGUAUCUGGUGUGGCCACCAACUGCACUAAGUACCGCAGUGCAUCUCCUCCUCGUGGACUGCACCCAAUUUGCCAGUUCUUUCUGUGAGAUAUUACCCCACUCUUCCACCAAGGCACCUGCAAGUUCCUGGACAUUUCUGGGGGGAAUGGUCCUAGCCCUCACCCUCCGAUCCAACAGGUCCCAGACUUGCUCACUGGGAUUGCGAUCAGAGCUCUUCGCUGGCCAUGGCAGAACACUGACAUUUAACGACCGUUCCACAGGUGCAUGUUCAUUAAUUGUUUAUUGUUCAUUGAACAAGCAUGUGAAACAGUGUUUAAACCCUUUACAAUGAAGAUCUGUGAAGUUAUUUGGAUUUAUUUGGAAUUAUCUUUGAAAGACAGGGUCCUGAAAAAGGGAUGUUUCUUUUUUUGCUGAGUUUAGUUAUAUUAGCCCUCUGAUUACAAUUAAGAGCAAAACGUGCUGCUCUGUUUUGAGCCAGCUGCAGGUUAACUAUGUCUUUCCUUGCAGCACUGGACCACACGACUGAACAAUAAUCAAGAUUAGACAAAACUAGAGCCUGCAGAACUUGCUUUUUGGAGUCUGGUGUCAGAAAAUCAGAGCAUCUCUUUAUUAUGGCCAGAACUCUCCCCAUCUUUACAACCAUUGAAUCUAUAUGUUUGAUGACAUACAGUAAGUAGUGUCACUCUGUAAAAAUAUGCAUUUACACAUACUAUUGAAAAUGGACCAAACCCUAUAAUUGUGUGUCCUACAUUAAUGUUAAUGGAAAAUUUGCAUGAAAAUUUGAGUCAUGUGCAAAUUAUCAAAGUUAUGUAUACAGAUUUAUAGUUAGGAUUUGGACCUAUGUGAAGGUAUGCCUGUGUGCCUGUGUGUGUGUGUGCAGUUCAUACAUUAAAUUCCAGAUAGCAGAGGAAAAUAAAGACAUUUUAUUAACAAUCUUCAAUAUUGUGAUAGAAAUGAGCUAAAGUCAGUGGUUGUCAUGUAAAAAAGCAUCUUCUAAUUUUUUAGGCCUACCUCUGAAUUUUGUUUGACUUUGCGUGCCACUGAUGGAAAAAAAGACCCUGUCUGUAUCUUUAAGUGAAUUUUGUUUGAAUAAACUGCUUUUCUGUUAA